GCGUUGAGAGUCGGAGCUCUGUUUGCAGUACGGUAUGUUGAAAUGCGAUGUAGUCACAUGUUUACGCUUGGUCACAUGACUUUGUUUAAGUAUCUCACGACUAGCAUAGCUACCUAGGAAAAAGUUUGCCUAAGAUUUGAAUGCACCCACAAUUAUGGCGGGGAGGGGAGAGGACGAAAACCUGAUCACUGAAGGGGAUUCCCUCUCUGGACAGGACAAUGGCAGCGCCGGGGCAAGAUCGAUGCCUGCGAUUUGUGACCCAAGUCACUGGUCGCACCGAAUUGUGGUUUUGUCGUUUAUGUGUUUCCUUGGGUUUGGAAGUUACUUCUGCUACGAUAACCCCGCUGCUCUCCAGACGCAGGUCAUUCAGGACAUGAAGUUAAAUACUUCCGGGUUCAUGCAGUUGUAUGCCUGGUACUCUUGGCCCAACGUGGUGUUGUGCUUCCUGGGCGGCUUCCUCCUGGACAGGGUGUUUGGCAUCAGGUUGGGGACAAUCAUCUUUGCCACAUUUGUGUUGGUUGGACAGAUCAUUUUUGCCGGUGGUGCUUUGGCUGGGCGUUUCUGGUUGAUGGAGGUUGGUCGAUUUGUCUUUGGGAUCGGGGGCGAAUCCCUAGCCGUUGCUCAGAACACGUAUGCCGUCAACUGGUUCAAGGGCAAGGAGCUGAACCUGGUGUUCGGCCUGCAGCUCAGCAUGGCUCGACUGGGCAGCACAGUGAACAUGAACAUCAUGGGCUGGGUGUAUGACAGCAUAAAGGACCUGGUGGGCUCUGCAGGUCCCACCACACUGGGCAUCGCCCUCAUGAUCGGUGCAAGCACCUGUCUGUUAUCUCUGACGUCUGCUCUGGUGCUGGGCUACCUGGACAGGAGGGCAGAGAGGAUCCUCAACAAAGAGGAGGGAAAGACAGGGGAAGUCAUCAAGCUGACUGAUGUGAAGGACUUCCCAUUACAGUUGUGGCUGAUCUUCAUCAUCUGUGUGUGCUACUAUGUGGCCAUCUUCCCCUUCAUUGGAUUGGGCCAAGUGUUCUUCAUUGAAAAGUUUGACUUUUCCCCUGCAGAGGCGAGAGCCAUAAACAGUGUUGUCUACAUCAUCUCGGCUCCGGCCUCCCCGGUGCUGGGCUUCAUCGUGGACCGGACGGGCAAGAACGUCCUGUGGGUGGCCUUUGCCAUCGUGGGCACGCUUGCCGCACACAUGAUGCUCGCCUUCACCUUCUGGACCCCCUGGAUCGCCAUGUGCCUAAUGGGUGGGACGUACUCCCUGCUGGCCUGUGCUCUCUGGCCCAUGGUUAGCUUCGUGGUGCCGGAGCAUCAGCUGGGAACGGCCUAUGGCUUCAUGCAGUCUAUUCAGAAUCUUGGCUUGGCUCUUAUCGCCAUGGCAGCAGGAUCCAUUUUGGACAACCGGGGUUACCUCUUCCUGGAAGUGUUCUUCUGUGCCUGCAUAUGCAUGGCGCUGAUAGCGGCAGUGAUGCUCUACUUUGUGGAUUUAUUAAGAGGUGGGGAUCUGAAUUUAUCAGCCGCAGCAAGGGCCAGACUCCUGAAGAGUGUGUCUACAGACUCCGAGUGACCACCUCCCAGUGCCACUGAAAAUCCCUAUUCGAACACGUCUCCGGUGUGCAGCUAGGCAUCCUGGGAAACUGAGUCUCUGUCAGUGUAUGUGUGUAGGCAUCAGGUUCUGGUGCACAGCAGACCAGUCCGCUUUUCCACUUCUUAUCGUACUGACUUCACCCCCCCCCCCCCCCCCCCCCCCCCCC